CUCUGGUAAACGCAAAUCAACUGUGAGAUGAGAGCAGCGGCAGCUCUGAACGCCACGGCUGCCACGGCAGCAGCGGUCGCGGGGCCAGCGGCGACUGGCGGAGGCGCCCACCUGGCAUGGCAGUCGCCGGUGGCCUACCUCUUCGGCGGCCUGGCUGCCAUGCUCGGCCUCAUCGCCCUGGCACUCCUGAUCCUCGCAUGUUCAUAUUGGAAGCUCUCCGGUUACCUCGACGCCGGGGAAUCCAGGGUGGAGCUGUACGUCAAGCCCUCCUCCAUGCCCGUUGACGCGCCGCCGUGCUACGAGGAGAAGGUGGUGGUGAUCAUGGCGGGCGAGGAGAAGCCGACGCACCUAGCGACGGCGGUGGAGAGCCGAGGAGCACGCUCAGCAAACGUUCGACAGAAUGCCAAAGAGGCUGAGAAGGCAGAAGAGGCAGGAGUGAUCAAAGCCAAAGAGGAUUUUCGAAUGGAGAAGGAUCGAAUUGACCUCCCUCUCUCUCUUUCGUUGGAAUUAUUCGCACUGUCGGAAGAGAAAAAAAAAAUUGUUGGCUAUUUCUUUUUCUUCAGGAAUUGGAGGAAUAUGGAUGAUUCCCAGUUGUCUCAGCUAAGUUAACUAAACAAAUGAGUGCAGGCAUGCGGUAAACGAAACGAGCUGAGUGUGCUGAGCUCA